UGCCGCCAAUUAUCAGCCGCGAGGAUAUACGUCACCGUACUCUGCCGUAUGAUAGUCGUAUAUUGCUCGGGUCCCCUCGCAGUUUCGGGAUAUUGUGCGUGUGGCACGUGCGCUGCAUGGAUUGGCUGUAAACAUUGAUGCAUUCUUUGUAGCUAAUAUAAUUUUAGUAAGACUGUCGAAGAGAGGAUGGGGAGGCUCAUAUUUUUUUACACGUUCUUGUUGUGCUCCACUCAGCUUGGGGCUGAUAAGAAGAUUAACAAAUAUGUAACAACGUUAAUAAAUGCCAAAUGGAACGAAACGCCCCUAGUGCUGGAAGCAGCUGAAUAUCUUAGCGAUGAAAAUCCAAAUUACUUUUGGAAAUUCAUUGAUGCAUUUUCCAGAAGAAUUAAUAAUCUUGUAAUAGCUACAGAGAAGGAAAAUUAUGACAUAAUUCUGGAGCUGGCUAAGAUGUACUUGUCCGAAUCAGAGAUGGCAGUUUUUAAGUUAGGAUUGUCUUUACGUAUUUAUUCCGCACGCGUUGAAAUGUUUUCUCAAAUGGCUGUGAAUAAAAAUGUUUCUACCCACGAAUGCAACAAUGUUGUUGAUGUUGGUGGAACAUACACUUGUUCUCUAGAAGAAAUAGAUACGUUACUUGAGCAGGAUACGUGGAAAACUGCUGACACCUACGACGUGGAUCAUCGAUACUUGACUACACCGGAAUCCGAGAAAGUGAUUAUAUUAUACGGUCAGAUUGGAACUCCUACGUUUGCCAAGUUCCACGAUAAACUGAAAAGCAUAGCGGAGACAAAAGGGAUCAAUUACGUCCUUCGUCAUUAUGUCAAAGAUAGAGUGGAUAAAAAGUUGCGCUUAUCCGGCUACGGUGUGGAAUUGCAAAUGAAAUCCACGGAGUACAAAGCGACCGACGAUUCCGAUAUCAAGGACAAUGCGGGAAAGAACUCGGAGGUGGCGAACGACGGUGUCGAAGAGAUUGAGGGCAUCAACUUUAUGACUUUAAAAAAAUUGUAUCCGGAGCAGCAUGCUGAGCUGGAUAAGAUACAAACGCACUUGCUGGAGACCAGUCACGAGAUCGGAGCGUUUAAAGUGUGGCAGUUCCAAGAAUUGAGUCACCAGGCGGCUGAAAGAAUAAUGAAGUCUCCGUCUGCCGAGUCGUUGAACGUUUUGACCGAUAUAUCGCAGAAUUUCCCCAUGCAAGCAAAAUCUUUAAUCCGGACUAAGGUGAACGGCGACAUGAAGAAGGAGAUGAAGCUGAACCAAGAAAUCUUCAUGGCGAGUUUAAGCAUACAACCAACCGAUACGGCACUCUUUAUCAAUGGCUUGUUCUUCGAUCUGGAGGCCAUCGAUGUUCUGACACUUUUGGAGUCCUUGAGAAGCGAGCUACGAGUAAUGGAAGCCUUUCACAAAAUCGGCAUCAGUAACAAAAAAAUGGGUAAACUGCUGGCCCUGGACCUGUCUAGCGGCACGGACAAUCAGAAUUUCGCAAUAGACAUACGAGACUCCGCGAUUAAUUGGAUCAACGAUAUCGAGAACGAUUCGCGCUACAGCAGAUGGUCGCCGUCGUUAACCGAAUUAUUACGACCAACCUUCCCCGGCAUGCUCAGAAAUAUCAGGAGGAAUUUAUACAAUCUUGUAUUAAUUAUCGACCCGCUGAAUGAAGAAUCCAUGUCACUAGUGACUCUGGCGCAAUCUCUUUACGCGCAUUCCGCACCGUUAAGAGUAGGCUUCGUCUUCGUGAUGAAUCACAAUACGUCCCUGACAGGCUUAACGGACGCUCGCGUUGCAGUUAACAAUGCGUAUCAUUAUUUCGUGGAUACCAGAAGCGCGAAAGAGGCUUUACAUUUCUUAGCAGAGUUAGGAAAUUACAUCGGGCCCGACGGCGCAGACGUGGAGGAUAUAAAGAAAGUUAUCAAAUCCAAAGAUUCUUCCGCCAAUGUGAAUUACAUUCUCGGUGACGAGUCGGAAUACGACGUGGGACGGCACUUGGCCAACGACUUUAUAAAGCGAUGCGGUUUAAAGAAAUUUCCGCAGGCCUUGUUGAACGGCGUGCCGCUCACGCCCGGUCAGAUAAACUCCGAGUCGUACGAGGAGGCGGUGUUGUCCGCCAUCAUGUCGCAGACACCCAUGCUGCAGAAAGCGGUAUAUCGGGGUGAAGUGACGGAGGGGGACGACAUCGUCGACUUUCUCAUGAACCAACCGAAUGUCAUGUCACGGCUGAAUGAGCGUAUUUGGAAAGUAGAUAAGAACGCGUGGCUGAAUUUGAUUGGCACGAUUCCCGAGAACGAGGAUUACACGAAGUGGAGCUCUCAAGACCUGUCAUCUUAUUUAAUGACAAAGAUGCACUACUUCUUCGUGCCACGUCGCAGUAACACGCUUCAUCAGUACUCCUUCUGGAUUGUCGCUGAUUUCAAUUCGUUGUUGGGCAGGCAAUUAUUGCGAGAGGCUCUCGAGUACGUGGAAUCUAACUCGGACGUGCGAAUUAGCGUUAUCGUCAACGCGGAAGAACGCGCGAAUCCAAAGAGCGAUGUUAAUAAGAUUGUUCUCGCUGCGUUAGCUGCAUUGUCACCGGAAAGAGCCAUACUUUACAUGCGUAAAAUUAUCAAGGACGACGCCGCAGCUCUCAUUGCUAAUGGUAAUUUCGAAAUUGAGGAUGAGGUAGCGGCUUUGUUGGAGAAUCAAAGUUCGAUAUUAUCGUUGCAUCAACACUACGUCAAGACGGUCCUAAACGUGGACAAGGAAGCACGAGUAAUUUUAUGCAACGGCCGCAUCAUCGGUCCCUUAGACAGCGAUGAGGAGUUCACGGAUGAUGACUUCUCAUUGCUAGAAAGAUUCAGUCAAAAAACUUACGGAGAUAAAUUAUUCCUGAAACUGGUCAUCUUCAACGACGAUGACUACGAAGAGAGUGAGAUCACGGAUGACAUGAUUAUGAAAAUUACUUCGCUCCUAGCACCACGGCCACAAACUCGUAGUCGGUAUGAUGUUCCUUUCCACGGAGAUGAUCACAGCGUCAUAAAAAUCCCAGCAGCCAAUCCCGACGAAGUUGCCUUCAAUUUUAUUGCCAUCGCAGAUCCCGUGUCACGCGGUGCCCAGAAACUGGGCUCAAUAUUGAAAACGCUACAGCAAGCCUUAAAUUGCAACAUAAAAGUGUUCUUGAACUGCUUAGAUAAGAAUAGCGAUAUGCCGUUGAAGAGUUUUUAUCGAUUUGUACUCGAGCCGGAGCUGCAGUUCACAGCAGAGGGAGAUAUCAGUGGCUCUAUUGCGAAGUUUACGAAACUUCCCACUUCGUCGUUGUUGACGCAGUACAUCCACGCACCUGAGAACUGGCUGGUGGAAGUAGUCCGCAGCGUUUACGAUUUGGACAAUAUUAAGCUCGACAACGUCGCGAUGGGCGUGCACAGUGAAUUCGAGUUGGAAUACUUGUUGCUCGAGGGCCACUGCUUCGAAGCGGUCAUGGGAAAUCCACCAAGGGGCCUUCAGUUCACCCUCGGCACCGAGAAUCAGCCCGUGAUGGUCGAUACUAUUGUGAUGGCCAAUCUGGGAUACUUCCAGCUCAAGGCAAACCCCGGCGAGUGGAUAUUGCGACUCCGGCAAGGGAGGUCCGCGGAAAUCUACGACUUCACCACCGUCGACGGGCAGGAUAUUAUCCAAAACGGCAACGACGUAAAGGUCCUGAUCAGUUCCCUGAGGAGUCACGUGCUGAAGGUGAAAGUUUCCAAGAAGCCGGAUAAAGCGGGAAUGGAUCUGUUGUCGGACAACGAGAAGGAUUCCGGCUUGUGGAACUCCAUCUCGAGCAUUGCCAAAUUUUGGACGUUCACCGCGACCGACGAAAGUGAGGAACAAGAUGAGAAACUAAACAUUUUCUCCCUCGCCUCCGGCCACUUAUACGAGAGAUUCCUGAAGAUCAUGAUGCUAAGCGUUAUUAAACACACUAAAACGCCGGUGAAGUUCUGGUUCUUAAAGAAUUACCUUUCACCGACGCUAAAAGAUUUUCUGCCACACAUGGCUGAGGAAUAUGGCUUCGAGUACGAACUUGUGCAAUACAAAUGGCCUCGCUGGCUUCACCAACAAACCGAGAAACAGAGAACUAUCUGGGGAUACAAAAUAUUAUUCCUCGACGUGUUGUUUCCAUUGAAUGUCAAGAAAAUAAUAUUUGUCGACGCUGAUCAGGUUGUACGAGCGGAUUUGAAGGAAUUGGCGACAAUGGAUCUUGGCGGUGCGCCAUACGCGUACACGCCGUUCUGUGACAGCAGAGCCGAGAUGGACGGAUUCAGGUUUUGGAAACAAGGAUAUUGGAGGAAUCACUUGCAGGGACGGGCUUAUCACAUCAGCGCGUUAUACGUGGUAGAUCUCAAACGAUUCCGUCGCAUUGCCGCCGGAGAUAGGCUGCGAGGGCAGUAUCAGGCAUUGAGCCAAGAUCCAAAUAGCUUAGCAAAUCUUGAUCAAGAUCUCCCUAACAAUAUGAUUCAUCAAGUGGCCGUUAAAACACUGCCACAGGAAUGGCUGUGGUGCGAAACGUGGUGCGACGAUGCAUCCAAGCAGUAUGCUAAAACUAUAGAUUUGUGUAAUAAUCCGAUGACGAAAGAAGCCAAGUUACAAGCCGCGAUGCGUAUCUUGCCCGAGUGGGUCGGUUACGAUGAAGAAAUUAAAGCUCUGCAACAGAAGGUAGAGAACGCGAAUAGACAGACGGAAAGAGACAGUGAAACUGUCGACGAUGUCUCUAAGCAUGAAGAAUUGUAAAUUCAAGUGCAACGAUCCAGGGAUGGGUCGUUGAAAAUUUUAUAAAAUUCUGUAAAAAAACGUUUCCGUUUCGGUAAAUUAAGUAAGAAUUGAUACGCGUAACGAAUUGCGCGAUCUAACCAUAAAUGUCACUUUUGUAAUUGACAUCCGGCACUUUAUGUGUAAAUACUUGCCACCAGUGCUCGUGUAAAAAACUUUCAGAAAUAACGAUGCAUUGGAGAAGCCGAAGAUUUUUUAUUAUUUGUUCUUAUUAAAUCCAUACUUCUCGUGUAAGCAUAUAAACUAAAUGGAGAGUUCUUCAAAAAAAUCUCGUCCUUCUAUAUAUACAUAAUUAUUAUAUAUAGCGAACGAGACUGUACUUCAGAUCAACUCGAAGUAAGAAAUCGAUAAAGUCCAACGAUUAAUUAAUUAAUAAUCAUUGAGAGUACAGUAUUCUGAUUAUCCAUGAACACUUUUGUUCGUGUUAUGAAACCAAUUGUGAUUUAUUAUUGUCUACUACAAUAGUUAUAAGGAAUAAACUUGUAACAUUUGUAAAAUAUAA